ACCGGUCAUACCUUCCCAGGUCGUCAUCGAAUCAACUGACCGACCACUGAGUUCGCCAGCUCAGUCGCGCCCUACCCACGGACUGGGCCGCUUGUGUGUAAUCAUGAUUCAAUAAACAUUCCAAAUACCCUGUGCGGUGCUAACAGUGUUCAAAACUUCCAAAAUAAUAUAAUUAAAAGGCCGGAUCUCAAUCGCCUUGAAGUUAAUUUUUCUGUGUGUUUUCCUUAUCAACAUAAUGACUCCAAGAUUUUAUUUCGCUCUUUUUGUAGUGGGCCCAGCCCUAUGUGUAGCCCAACAAAUCGACCCGAACACCCUGAUCAAUGUGUUUGGAACCCCCAGCAACUACGCUGCGUCUGUGAACCCCCAUGACCCUGCUGCGAGUGGAGUGCCGUUGGCCCAGGCCCUGCCUGUGAAACCUAUUAACGAAACCCUCACUGAUCCCGACUAUUGGGAUAUAGAUGAGUUGCCGGCAGCAGCGGUAGCUGACUAUGACAAGUUUGACUGGAGUUUGACUAAGAGGCUAUCAGCUUCCUCAGAUACCAACUUCCUUCUGUCUCCCCUGGGUCUGAAGCUAGCCCUGGCCAUCCUAACGGAGGCAGCGACCGGACUGACCAGGUCAGAGCUGCAGUCGGUGCUUGGUUUUGAAAUGGAUAGAGUGGCUGUUAGACGAAAGUUCGCGAACAUAGUUAAUUCAUUGCAGUACAAAUCGCCCCAAUACGUCCUUGACUUAGGUAGUAAAAUCUAUGUGGAAAACACUGCCCAUCCUCGUCAGAAGUUUGCAGCAGUUGCCCACGAGUCCUACAAAACCGACCUGACUCCCAUUGAUUUCCAUAACCCACCUGCAGCCGCCAAAGCCAUCAACGAUUGGGUUGCCAACCUUACCCAGGGAAGGAUCACUGACUUAGUACAUCAAGAUGACCUCGAAAACGUGGUGGUGAUGAUCCUCAACACACUAUACUUCAAGGGCAGCUGGCGCCACCAGUUCGCGCCCAACGCUACCAAGCAGGGUCAAUUCUACGUCACCCCGAAAAUAGCUAAGCCCGUUUAUUUCAUGAAUGUGAAGGACAAGUUCUACUAUGCUGAGUCUGCCAAAUUCGACGCUAAGAUCCUCAGGAUGCCAUACAUGGGCUACAAAUUUGCAAUGUACGUAGUAGUUCCCAACUCAUUGACUGGUCUGAACCGAGUGUUAGAUGGUCUGACGGAGCUCCGCCCCGAAAUGGAUUUGUUACAAGAGCGCUUCGUCGACGUCACUUUGCCCAGAUUCCAGUUCGAAUUCUCCUCGCACUUGGACAGUGUGUUGAGAGAUAUGGGUGUCAGACAAGCCUUCGAAGACACUGCGUCGUUCCCUGGUAUCGCCAGGGGACAGUCCCUGCAGCAGCGCCUCAGGGUCUCCAAGGUUCUGCAGCGGUCGGGCAUCGAGGUCAACGAGCUCGGAAGUGUGGCCUACUCAGCUACUGAAAUAUCUCUAGUCAACAAAUUCGGCGAGGACGACGAUACUGCUGUGGAGGUGAUUGCCAACAAGCCCUUCUUCUUCCUGAUCCAGGAUGAGACGACCAGGCAACUGCUGUUCACGGGCAGAGUGGCCGACCCCACCUUGGCCGAUGGCUCUUUCAAACACUUAUUCUUGGCCGUGUCCCUUCAAACGAUCCACGUCAAUGGAGGACUCCGUUCCGAAGCGUCACGCCUCAACUACUUCGACAUCGACCUCCUCCGGUACUGCGCCGAGGAGCGAAAGGGAAACGUCAUGGUCUCCCCUGCCAGCAUCAAAUCCACACUUGCCAUGCUUCUGGAAGGAGCUCAUGGGACGACAGAAUCGGAGAUCAGAGCCGCGCUAAGAUUGGCUCCGAAUAAACAAGAGUAUAGGGAACAGCUGAACGUGUAUCUUCAGGGUUUGAAGGCAAACUCAUCUGGUGUCGUCCUCGAAAACGCCAAUUCAGUGUUUAUCUCGACGAAGUUAAAGAUGAAAAAAGAAUACGAACAAAUGAUGCAACAUGUGUACCUGACUGAGGUGUAUAAAAUGAACUUCACAAAUCCUGAUGCGGACUCUAACUUCAUCAACAAAUGGGUGUCGACCAAGACGCAUGGGCUGAUCAAUGAUAUUGUUGAACCUGUCAACGUGAACCCCUCAACCGAGGUCUUGCUGGCCAACGCGCUGUACUUCAAAGGAUCUUGGAAGCAUUCCUUCGACCCGAAGUUGACCAAAGGCGCUUGCUUCUACAGCCAUGGGGUGUGCAAAAACGUCGCCAUGAUGGAUAUGCGCGCGCAGAUCAACUACGCGUAUAUUGAGGAGCUGAGAGCUCAUGCGCUUGAGUUGCCUUAUGAGGGUGGCCGAUAUGCCAUGAUCAUCCUAGUCCCUCUCGACCGGGAUGGGUGCCCAGUCCUCAUCAGAGAUCUACCCUACAUGAGUCUGGACCAAGUCGUCAGCAACAUGGAGCCUACUGACGUCACUCUGAUGAUGCCGAAGUUCACCAUUGACUACGCCGAGAACAUGGUCGGGCCUUUGCAAAGCAUGCGUGUCACAAGCCUAUUCUCCUCGAAAGCGAAUCUUUCCGGCAUCUUCGAAGGUGGUUCUCCGUUGCUGAACAGCCUCUACCAUAAGAUCCACAUGAUGGUCGAUGAAAAGGGUACCAUUGCUGCGGCCACGUCUGCAGCUAUGGUCAUACCGCUGAUCGAGAAUGGGGUCCAGCUGAAAGUGGACAGGCCUUUUGUCUUCUUCAUCAGGGAUAAUAACCUCGGCCUGUCACUGUUUGAGGGGAGGAUCGAAGAGCCAACUCUUUAUGUAGAGCCGAUCGCUGCGAAGGCACCCGUUCCAGUUCCAGUUACACCACCCCCGACAACCACACACAGCCCAGCCAAGAUAUCAUAUGCUCGCAUUUAAUAAUAAUAAACAUCAAACAAAGUUUAUUUAAUGUGUACCUGUAUUAAUAAAAUGUAACAAUAAAAAGAUAGGACCAUUGAAGAUUGCCCAAAAAUUAAUGUUUUUGUAAAAUGUCUCGUAUUAUCCUCGAUGCCACAAUGAUUAAAAUGAUUAUAAUAUACCUAAUAAUAUUUUAUAAAACAAAGUUAUGUGACAUUUAAAGUUCUACAUCAUAGAUUGAUUACAGGAAUGAACAGUGAAAAUGAGAUUAUUUUACUUAGGGUUAGGUACAUGCAUCUUACAAGUCGUAAAAAAAUCUUGUAAGAAAUAAAGACUCAUUUGUAUUUUUAUUUUCUUAAGUGUAUUUUUAACUAUUUGUUAAAUUAAACGUAACAGAAUAGUAGAUAUUUUUAAUAAAACCCAUUUAACUGUCUGUUUAACACCGUUAUGUAUAAAUAAAAAGAUCACAAUCGUAUGUGACCAUCUGUCUAUUGUUUCAAGUUCUCACGUUUUCUUCUCGAUGGCAUUUAACAAAAGUUUAGUCGCAUGACCUAGAAAUAUGAUAUGUUCUGGCAACGAUAUGAAUAAAAUAUAAAGACUCUC